GCAGGGGAGCCAUGGCCCGCGCUCUGGUUCUAGCCACUCUCUGGCUGGCCGCGACGGGGCGGCCGCUGGCCUUGUCCGACGCGGGGCCGCACCUGCACUACGGCUGGGGCGAGCCCAUCCGCCUGCGGCACCUGUACGCCACCAGCGCCCACGGCCUCUCGCACUGCUUUUUGCGCAUCCGUACCGACGGCACCGUGGACUGCGAGCGCAGCCAGAGCGCGCACAGUUUGCUGGAGAUUCGAGCUGUCGCCCUGCGGACCGUGGCCAUCAAGGGGGUGCACAGCGUACGGUACCUGUGCAUGGGCGCAGAUGGCAGAAUGCGGGGCCUGCUACAGUACUCGGAGGAGGACUGCGCCUUCGAAGAGGAGAUCAGCUCUGGCUAUAACGUGUACCGCUCCAGGAGGUACCAGCUGCCCGUGUCCCUGGGCAGCGCCAGGCAGAGGCAGCUGCAGCGGAGCCGUGGCUUCCUGCCCCUGUCCCACUUCCUGCCGGUGCUGCCCGCGGCCUCGGAGGAGGUGGCGGCCCCCGCUGACCACCCGCAAGCAGACCCUUUCUCGCCCCUGGAGACCGACAGCAUGGACCCAUUUGGAAUGGCCACCAAGCGGGGGCUGGUGAAGAGCCCCAGCUUCCAGAAGUGACCCAGGCUGGUGUGGCGUCGCCUGGGACGGUCCCCAAUCUGUAUUCUGCUUUAGCUCUAGGAAGAAUCGCUUAGAAGUUGUACAUAUUUCAAGUUUUGCCCCAGGCUGGACUGGCUUCUCAGGCUCCAGACUUGGGUAUGAUUAUAAAAUUUGCAAGCCCUCCCUCCUGCCUGCCCAGC